CCGCGAGCAGUGGGGGAGAGACCCGAGCUGUUCCUCUGUGGUCGUGACAAGCGCUGCCCGGGCUCCCUCCGCGGGCUCGGUAAUAAGCGGGUGACCUUUCUCUCCGCCGGUGUUACGUGUGGCUGCGAAGCGAUUGCGCUCUGCGGCUGAGAGCCGGGCUUCCGCGCCGCCGCCAGCGCCGCCGCCUGCCCGGGGACCGCGGGCUGCAGCCGGGACCCGCCGCGUCCUCCUCGCGCCGUCCGCGGGCCGCGGUUGCCUAAAAGGAAGACACCUGUGGCUCCCAUGUGGUCCACACCAAUACUUGGCGGAUCCUUGAGGACCUCAUUAUUUUAAACUUAAAAAGAGAGAGAGCGAGAGGGAGAAAGCGAGGGAGAGAGAAAGAGAGCGAGCUCGAUUCCCUCCCCCUUUUCUUCUCUCUCUCUCUCUCUUUUUUUUUUUUCCAAACAAUGAUUCUUUUUGACCUUUCCCAAGGAGAAGCGCUACCAAGCAGCCAGUGUGCUCGCUGAACGGCAUCCCCCUGUAUCGCUUAAUUGAGAAGGUAUACAAAUGCUCUCAGUCCAGCCAGACACCAAGCCGAAAGGUUGUGCUGGCUGCAACCGAAAGAUCAAGGACCGGUAUCUUCUAAAGGCCUUAGACAAGUACUGGCAUGAGGACUGUCUGAAGUGUGCCUGCUGUGACUGUCGCCUGGGAGAAGUGGGUUCCACCCUGUACACGAAAGCCAACCUUAUCCUUUGUCGCAGAGACUAUCUGAGGCUUUUCGGUGUGACGGGUAACUGUGCUGCCUGUAGUAAGCUCAUCCCUGCCUUCGAGAUGGUGAUGCGGGCCAAGGAUAAUGUUUACCACCUCGACUGCUUUGCCUGUCAGCUUUGUAAUCAGAGAUUUUGCGUUGGAGACAAAUUUUUCUUAAAAAACAACAUGAUCCUUUGCCAGACAGACUACGAGGAAGGUUUAAUGAAAGAAGGCUAUGCGCCCCAGGUCCGCUGAUCCAUCAGCAGUGCUCCAUUUACAACACAAAGCACUACAUUCCUUUAUCUUUUUUGCUCCACAUGUAUAUAAGAAUUGGCACACGAACCUACUGGAUAGCUUAGUUAUAGGAAAGCAGAAUGGUUAUAUGGAAUAAAAGGCGGACUGCAUCUGUAUGUAGUGAAAUUGCCCCAGUUCAGAGUUGAAUGUUUAUUAUUAAAGAAACAAAAAAGUAAUGUACAUAUUGCUGGAAUUUUUUUGCUUGCUAUUUCGUUUUUGUGUCACUUGGCAUGAGAUGUUUAUUUUGGACUAUUGUACAUAAUGUAUUGUAAUAUUUGAAGCACAAAUGUAAUACAGUUUUAUUGUGUUACCAUUUGUGUUUCGUUUGUUUCUUUGUAUCGUUGCAUUUAGUACAAUCAGUGUUUAAACUUAAUGUAUAUUUAUGCUUUCUGUAUCUACCAGCUAUUUUAAAUGAGCUGUAACUUUCUAGUGGAGAACUGAAGAGCCAAUCUCUCUAAGGAUACACAGAUAGGUAAAGCAAAUCUGUCAAAGUUAGAAAUCCGAAGACAAACCCUGACACAAAACAUCUUAGUGACGCCAGGAUGAUGGCCAGGAUGGAGUCAUCUGCCAGUGCUCUCAUGAGGACCCCUAUUUUCAAGGGGUUGAAGAUCAGCUUUAAAAAAAAAUACAUGAAAAUUUCAUCUCAAAGCACUUUCAUUUUAUACCAACAUGAAAAGUGCCAUUUUUAGAAAACCUCUAAAGCUUAACAAUAUACUUUUAACAUUUCUUAUUGUGCUUUUUAUCUACAUAAUAGCUUUAUUUGACAUUUUUUCAGCCACACCCCCUUAUGUGAACUAGUGCCUUUGGGUAUCAUAUGAAACUUUUUCCAAAGGGUUAAUUAAACACACACACACACAUACACACACACUACACACAUACACACAUAAUAAAAUAUUAACACAAUUAUGAGACAAUUUUAAAUAACAAGUUUCUCACAUGAAUGUUGCCCAAACAUUCUACAGGAGAUGAAAACUUAGUAUCAUUGUGGUUUAAUGAAUUUAUGGCACUGAACAGAGAGCUAAGUGUGAAUCUACUCCAAUCAGGAUAGUGCACGCUGAAGCUAUGAUGGUUUCUGAGUCACAAAGUGACUUCCUACCAGCAACAGAAUAAUACUUUGGAACAUUCUAGAAGAAGAGAAAGUGAUUGAUUAAAAACUGGGAACUCUUUGGUGGUUAUAUGUGUUCUAGUCUUGACUUGCCAUUUAUUUUAAUGUUUAAAACACUUUAAAUCUGGUAUGUCCUACUUUCUCAUCCCUUUAAAUUAUUUACCAUCUCCCAACUCAGAAUAUAUAACACUUUGGUUAAAAUCUGUUAUUCUUUUUUUUUUUCUUUGAAAGUGAAUUUUUUGAGGGGGGAGUCCCUCCCUUUACUUAAAUGAUAGCUGAUGAAGAAGAAUGUUCUAGAAACAGUAAUUGUGGGAAAUGUUACUUACAUUACAAUUGAGGAAAUAAAACCAAGGAUAUGGUCCUUAUUCUGAAACACUCACACUUUAUGCCUUUGCUUCUGGUCUUUGCUCUGGGUCAGCCUCUCACCAAAUCUCCUCUUGCAGUCACUGUGGACCACAUCUGCUCUACAGAAAGCUCAGCCCUGUGGGUCUUUUUGUUUCUUGAGCACUUGCAUAGGAAACAGUAUUUACCAAUGCUAUUUACAUACGUUCUUUUUUUUUUUUAUCCUGUCAGCAUAUGCAUUACAGAUGAAAAUUAAAUGUUAUACCUGAAUUUUGGCUUUUUUUUUUUGAUUUGGGGCCCAAGAUAUUCAGCUGGAAAUAAUUCUAAUGUGGACUUGAGUUGUUUCAAAACAAAACUUUAUUAUGAGCAUGCAUGAGAAUCUAUUGCCUCAAGGUCUUAAGAAAAUGGUUCUGUGAAGAGUAGAUGCUAUGCAUUGCAAAGGCUUCAUGGUUAAGAGUAUUCUAAGGGCCACCUCACCCAAAAUGGAGAUACGUUGAAGAAACAAAAGUCAAAACUAGCCAUUUGAAGUCUGCAAAGCAUUUUUUUUUCUUUUACCCAUAGCAGUUUACAUUCAUUUCACGCAGAGGUAGAACCUACCUCGUGGGUGUAAACUUGUGUCAGUAUGUUUUUCAAUGUUUCUCAAAUGAUCUUGUUUUAGAUUAAGAUGGCUUUGGCAUAUCUUCUGUCCAUAUGUCCACCUACCUGUACGCUUCCCUGGGCUUCUUGAAGCUGUUCAAUUACACCUUGUCAACCCCAAAACUAAACAUGAUUCCCAUAACUUUUGCCCAAUCCUUCAGGAAUUAAUUCCUAUGUCUGUUAACAGUGAACAAGAAUUUUGCUCACAUGAGUGAAAGAUUAAGGCCUUAAUCUGUUCGGAUAAUUUUUAACCCCUAAGACAUUGCGAGGGGAGACAACAAACUUGCAGUUUUAGGUUGUUCUCCAGCUGGUUGCCCACCUGUAGCCUCUUUGAACAGGGGUACAAAACUCAUUGUCUUGAGAAUUGAAAGGCCCUCAGUUGUGCUGAGCUCUCUGCUAUGCAGUGUAGCCCUGAAGUCAUGUCAUCUGAUCCUCCCGUGGGACAGCUGCCAUGGAAUUGGGAUUGGUCAACAGUGAAGAAGCUCCUCCCAACAGGCACCUCUGCUUCCGAAGAGGGACCAGAUGCACCGGUGUUGCUAAACUUAAAAGUUGACCUGUGUUUGUGAUUUCACUUUCAUCUGGCUUAAUAAAUAUCUGCUGGUUUCUUUCA